AUGCCUCCCGCAGCGAUUGAUGCGCGGUCCGUCAUUGACUUCUUCACAAAGGGCCUGACAGCGUUCAAGGCAUCGUCCAGCGGAUUUCGCAUGCUGCGAAGCUUGCCUCAUGGCGCUGUCACCGGGUCCGCCCCGCGACAGCUCAUCGUGCUGGACUCGAGCUUCAACCCACCCACGGUAGCGCACGCCGAGAUGAUUCACGCUGCCGUGCGUUCGUCGAGCGUGGCGAGGCCGAGGGUCCUGCUGCUCCUCGCCGUGCAGAAUGCAGACAAGGCGCCCGCGCCGGCGUCGUUCCCGACACGCCUGGCCAUGAUGGAGAGCUUUGGUCACGGGAUCCUGGACGAGGCCGACGUGGAGGGCGUGGACAUUGGCGUCACGACGAAGCCGUAUUUCCCCGACAAGGCGUCGGCCAUUGAGGAAACCUAUGCCGGCAUGAAGCAGGUCUUUCUUGUGGGUUACGACACGCUCAUUCGCGUCUUUGACGCCAAGUAUUAUCCUGAGGGAAGCAUGGACUCGGUCAUCAAGCCAUUUUUGGCCAAGGCGAGCUUGCGGGUCACGCUACGGACGGGCGGGAAAUGGGGCGGGAAGGAGGAGCAGCAUGCUUUCUGGGAGGGACUGGAGCCGUGGCAGAGACUGGAGGUUGAGCUCGUUGAAGGCGUCGGUGGUGCGGUGAGCAGCUCGAGGGUCAGAGAGAAGGUCCGUCAGGGAGAAGACGUUGGAGAGCUGGUAGGGGAGGGUGUUCAGUGGUGGAUCAAAGAGGCCAAUCUCUAUGUCGAGGAUGCGUAG